AAAAAAAAAAAAAAAAAAAAAAAAAAAGCCCGGCAUCGCCUGCCCAGGGAUUUUGUUGCCCGGGUUUGGAUUUGAUGGGUUGGGACAGACACAUACAUGCAUAUACUGUAUGCUCUUAAACUAUUGGACCCAGUCUGAGCACUCGUGUCCAAUGGAUCGAUUUUCGUCGUGGGUUGGCAUUUCCUGCUCAUCGUGCAGCACCCAUCCCAAUUCUGACUUUCCAGCCCCGGCCUGCAUGUCCAUCUACUUUUAGAAGGUACUGUAGCACGACUGACAGCUGCCGUCUGAUUAAGCUGCCAGUGACUCGUGGAUGAGUGGGUGUUGACGACAGGGCAGGGACAAGGAUCAAGUCACUGAUGACAGCCUGACAUCCAUCAUAAGCGGGUCGUUUGAUCGCGAAACUCGAAUCUGCGUCUCAAACCGUCAAUUUCGCAUCACUUUCACCAACAAUUCCUUUAUAACAAACCACGCUUGGCAUUCAAAUCGCAUUCACUCUCUUUUUGCUUGUUCUCAGAAAUCAUUUACAGCGUUCGAGAUUCACACUUGCAAAUUGGCAGCCAUGUUGCAGAAAAUCCUCAGCGAGGCCGAGAUUUUGAAGCGCUUCGACGCCCUCGUAGAAAGCGGUGAGGUCCGAUACGACAAGCAAACAGAAGUGAUUGAAUAUGUCGACCAAGGCUUCAAGUUUCUCUUCAUGGUAGCCACCAGCUUGAGCCAAAAGCCCAACACACCAGAAGAGAAAGACGUCACGGAGCAGACGUUCAAGCCGCCUCUGGAGCCCGGAAGCGACAUCAACACUGCCGGGUUCGAGAUCUGCGACGUCGGCACCAAGCACCGGCUCUGCGCCAACAAGUUCUGCUACACGAGGCCGCAGCUGCUCCUGCUCACGCGCGACGGCUUCAAGCGACAGUGGGACCCGCUCGAGGCCGUCGAUCUGGACGGCAUCUGGACCGUGCUCCAGGACGGCCAGUUUGCCUUUUACAACUGCGGCGUCGCGGCCGGCUUCAGCCGCCUGCACAGGCACAUGCAGUUUGUCCCGCGGCCGGAGGGGUUCACCACUUUUCUCGAUGCCGACGAGGACGACCAGGGUGCCCAAGGCGGUGGCGGCUCGGCGAAUGUGCCGUUUCUGUACUUUCGGCGGGCCCUGGACGGCUCCGGUCGGGGUUUGAAGGAGGUCUACGACGGGCUGAGGAGCGAAAUGGCGGCGCGGUCAAAGUUCCGAUCCGAGGGGCCGGGCACCGACUGUCCGCACAACCUCAUCAUGACGAGGCAGUGGAUGGCGGUGAUACCAAGGCGGAGCUCGGUGCUCGGCCCUGCAUCGACAAAUUCAAUUGGAAUGAUGGGGCUGGUGCCAGUCUCUACGAGGGAGAGCGUCGAGGAAUGGAAGAGCCUCGGCCCUUUGCAUGUGCUGAAGGAGUUUGGAGUGCCAAGGGAUGGUAGCUGAGGAACUUGCAAACGGCUGGUUGUGGCAGGGUAGGUGGGGGCGCUUAGCCUUGAUGUUCUUGGUGUGCUAGGCUGCUUCGUCACGGCAUCCAGAGCAUGCGGACCUCCAAUUCGACAGUCGAUCCAGGCCUGCACGGGUCCAACGGUACCAACCUGGCUGACUUGGCAUAAUCCCUUAUCUUCUUGCCUCUACCAUUGGUGGGUGUUGCUAAUUAGGAUUGAGGAGGUUUUAUCAAGUUCCGGCCUUUUAUUGGCCUAGAUAAUUCAAUGAUUUGCACAAAGAUAUGCCAAACUCGCAAACGAAAGACUACGAGUCAUCCA